CACAUAUAUACACGCCCUCCACCCCCAUCGCUGCAGUGUCUCAACUGCCUUGGAGCAAACAAGAGAGGAUAUUGAACACAGACAUUAAUAAGGCAGAGAAAGAAGGGAACGGAGAGAUGCAGGUUUCCGUGCGACUCUGAAUAUGACGAUGAUAUGAAGAUGAAGCAGCAGCGGGAUUAAAGCUGGAUUGCACACAGACUUCCUCACCCUGCAAGGGCUUGUCUGCAGUAUCCUUUGUAAAUGGAUGCUGGCUUGUGAAGACGAUUCAGAGGCCUUCACUUCUCCAGGAGAGAGCCCAGCAAGGAGGAGAGAAUAACUUGAAAGUCAUAAUCUGAUAGGAGAGGGCUGUCCUGGGGACCACCAAGGGAAGCACGACACAAGAGCCAUGUGGGAGGAGUGUGAACCCAAACACUAUUGUCAUUGACGUCCACCAGCCCAACGUAAGCUUUCCUCUGGAGUUCUUCUCCGAGACGGAGCUCCUGCUAUGAAACUCAUCUCCCUCAGCUUCAGCAGGCAGUCCAAACUCAGUGCCAGGCGCUGUGUGGGCAUCCCAAAAGUCUGGGUUUUGCCCACACAGGACUCACAGACUGCCCCAGAAUCAGAAGAAUGAAAUAUCCCUGAGGCGGUUUGGUCCUGCGUGACUUCUCUCUCCAGCUAAAUUGGUCUACCACCAAAAAUAUCUGUCUGCCUUUUCGCUCACUCGUAAGAGGAAAACUUGUCCGUUAGCUUCUUUUCUGCCAACUAUUCCUCCUAAUUAGUUUUACCAACAAGCAGCAGCACGAGUUCCUUUGUGCUCACCACGUGGUGGAGGACCAUGGGAUGCCGUCAGAGCUCAGAGGAGAAGGAAGCAGCUCGGCGCUCGCGGCGGAUCGACCGCCACUUGCGCUCAGAGAGUCAGAGACAGCGUCGCGAGAUCAAGCUAUUACUGCUCGGAACUAGCAAUUCUGGCAAGAGCACUAUAGUGAAACAGAUGAAGAUCAUUCACAGCGGAGGCUUUAAUCUCGAGGCCUGUAAGGAGUACAAACCCCUCAUCCUGUACAACGCCAUCGACUCGCUCACGCGCAUCAUCCGAGCACUCACAACCCUUAAGAUUGACUUUCACAACCCCGAUUGCGCUUAUGAUGCGGUGCAGCUCUUUGCUCUCACCGGGCCUGCCGAGAGCAAGGGGGAGAUCACUCCUGAGCUGCUGGGGGUCAUGAAACGUCUCUGGGGGGACUCGGGAGUUCAGGAGUGUUUUCAACGUUCCAAUGAGUACCACUUAGAGGACAACACCGCCUAUUACCUGAAUGACUUGGACCGCAUCUCAGCGGCCGAGUACAUUCCUACUGUCGAGGACAUCCUGCGAUCCCGUGACAUGACCACCGGCAUCGUGGAGAAUAAGUUCACCUUCAAGGAGCUUACCUUCAAGAUGGUCGAUGUGGGAGGUCAACGAUCGGAGAGGAAGAAGUGGAUCCACUGUUUCGAGGGAGUGACUGCAAUCAUUUUCUGUGUUGAACUCAGUGGCUACGAUCUAAAGCUAUAUGAAGACAACCAGACGAGUCGCAUGGCUGAGAGCUUACGCCUGUUUGAUUCCAUCUGCAACAACAACUGGUUUACCAACACAUCACUCAUCCUCUUCCUCAACAAGAAGGACCUGUUGGCAGAGAAGAUCAAGCGCAUUCCCCUGACGGUGUGCUUCCCCGACUAUAAGGGUCAGAACACCUACGAGGAGGCCGCCGUCUACGUGCAGCGACAGUUUGAGGACCUCAACCGCAACAAAGAGACCAAGGAGAUCUAUUCACACUUCACCUGUGCCACUGACACCAGCAACAUCCAGUUUGUGUUCGACGCUGUCACGGACGUGAUCAUCCAGAACAAUCUGAAGUACAUUGGGUUGUGCUAGGACCUGAGGCCGGGGGUCGGGAGCAGCACCAGGCAGGACAAACAAACGUUAGUCUUUAUCACAAUAAUGAAGUGCAACAGAGAACCACAAAUGAAUGAAGCAGCAAAACGAUCGAGAGUGGAUGGCGCUAUAGGUUCAACGAAACGGACGAUGGUGAUGAUGGGAUUUUUUUGUUCCCAAUUUGUUUGCACUGAAUAUGAGUAUGCAGAGACACCCAACCACACACGUGCACACACUCAACCUUACGUUUGCUCACACUCCAGAUCAUAGGAUCAAAUGCUUGUCUGACAACACUGGAAUUUUUAGACGGUCUUCCCCUCCACGGGCCAAUCCUGAGACUGACUGAUCUGAUACUGGUGGUUUCCAAUUGCUUUAUUUCUCAUGAUUAUUUUGUUUGUCUGAUGCUGCUUUAUAGGAAGAAAUCUGAAAAAGAAAAAAAAGAAAUCACUGUUCUCCUUUGAUUUUCACUCUACGAUGGUAGUCACCGAGCACACCUGGUAUUGCAAGGGGCGUGAAAAAGUGUCAGUCGCCAUGAUGAUCACAGGACGAGGAAACUGCCAUUCUGAAACUGAGUAUGUUUCUACGCACUUCAUCUGUUUCCCCCAACAUUCCUGUUGUCGUUCUUUUUCUCUCUUUCCCGUACUUUCUUGUGCUUCAAAAGAAAAGAAUUCUCUUAAUCCUGAAAUAGCAGGUCACUGACUCAUGAUACCAGGAAAGUAUUUUUUGCGUGGUUAAUUCAAAAGUAUUUGUCAUCAUCAUUUCAGUUUCCUGCAAGAGCCAACGAAAACAGUGCCAAGAUGAGUUUGUAAAUAAAACCACAUCCCAUAAAUAGCAUUCAUUUUUUUUAUAUGGAGACACACAUUCAAAUGCAUGAUUUUGUUACUUUGGGAUAUUAAUAUAGUUUCUUUGGUAUUAUGUUCCUCUUUUCUUCGGUUGAAAUAAUAUAUUCCCAAAAAAUAUAUAUUGAAGUCCAACACUGUGUGCGAUUGUACAGUUGUCAGAGAGGAAUCUAUUGGAGAGUUAUAUCGAUAUUGCAAUUCUAAUGAUGAAAUGGAUCAGUGAUGAUGACGGCUCACUUCAGAGUAAGAAUGAAACGAGAGUUGGGAUCAAUUGAGACUGUAGAAAACAAGAAGAUGUAAACACAUAAACUUCCUUGCAUUAUCUAAGUGGCAGUUGUUCAGUCAAUCAGUCAGUAUGAUGUGUAUAUAUACUGUAAGGUGCACUCUUUGUCCAAAUGAAUAAAAGAACGAGAAUGAGAACGAGAGUGAGAGAGAAGGAGGAAAUUCCCCUCCGUUCUUCCUCUUACCCUUUCUUUUCAGUUGAGACGGUGAUGUGCAAACAACACAGCUAAGGGCUUCAGGCUUGACUCAACGGGAUGUCCACUUCAACAAAAGGCAAAAUAAAGUAUAAAAAAAAAAGGACAAUGACUACGAAUAAAACAACUUAUGCAAAUUUUCAUGGUGUUGUACAUGUGUUUUUGGACGGUUGUCGUGUCUUAACAAUGGCUUGUGCGUUUGGGACGUGAAUGACUGAACCUUGCUGCCAUAAAUGUGCCACUUAUCGUCCAUAUUCUCUCAUUAUGCAGCGUCAAAUGUUUUGCAACUUCAAAUGGAACACGCUGUUUCGCAAAGCCACUGCUUAUUUCCUCUGCGACCGGAAUCAUGACAUAAAAAGUGUUUGUUCCCCCACAUUCAAUGUAACUGCUGGGGCAAGAAAAAAUUGGACAUAAAGUAUGCAAUUAAAUCACUCCUGAAUAAACUUGGCCUUUGUGUGGUGGGGUGACCAUUCACAGAGAGAGAUUCCACUCUAAUUGGAAAUGUGUAAACCCAGAGUGACCUGCCGAGUCUGCCUGUCACACAAACAGA